AUGUGUAUGUAUGCAGGUGUGUUUGUGUGUACGUUUUUGUGCACGUAAAAGGAGUGUGUUCACACAUUGUCUUUUUCUUCUAACCCUGUUUUCUACUCCCUGACCGCAUUAAAGGUGCGUCAUUUAGCAGGCCAACCAAUCAGAGGUCUGCUGUUUGAAUUUAUGCCAGGGAUUUUUGGCUUGUGACACUUAAGUUGUGGUGGCAAAAGCCAGUAUUUUCAAUUCCUAAAAAAACACUGUCCCAGUGAGACAAGAUGCCCUAUACGCCAUCUGGUUUUUUUUGCGACCGGUUAAUCCGUGAAAGAGAGAGAAGAGAUGGUGAAGGAUCCCUGAGCAAACCCAUCCAUUUCAGUGGCCAGGACUACAAUACCCUCAAGCAGGAGCAUCUCCAGAAGAAGGGCCUUUUUGAGGAUGAAUCCUUCCCUGCCACUGUUGACUCCCUUGGCUUCAAAGAGCUGGGUCUCAAGUCCAACAAAGUCAAGAACAUUGUCUGGAAGCGUCCCAAGGAGAUAUGUGAUAACCCACAGUUCAUUGUCGGAGGUGCCAGCAGGACAGAUAUCUGCCAGGGAGACCUGGGAGACUGCUGGUUGCUUGCAGCCAUUGCAUCCUUGACUCUGAACGACAAGCUGUUAUAUCGUAUUGUACCUCAAGAACAGAGCUUCUCUGAAGGCUAUGCUGGAAUUUUCCAUUUCCAGUUCUGGCAUUAUGGCGACUGGGUGGAUGUCGUUGUCGAUGACCGCAUUCCCACCUUCAACAACCAGCUGGUGUUCACCAAAUCAGCUGAAAGGAAUGAAUUCUGGAGCGCUCUGCUGGAAAAAGCUUAUGCUAAGCUUCAUGGUUCCUAUGAGGCUCUUAAAGGUGGAAACACUGCUGAGGCAAUGGAGGACUUCACCGGUGGAGUGACUGAAUUCUAUGAGAUGAAGGAGGCCCCCAAAGAGCUGUACAAGAUCAUGUUGAAAGCUCUGGAGAGAGGCUCCCUCAUGGGCUGCUCCAUUGAUUCCCUGGUUCCAGCCCGCUUUGAAACUCGUACUACAACAGGACUUGUGAAGGGUCAUGCCUACUCUGUUACUGCUGUAGAGGAGUGUAAACAGUCCCAGCAGAAGGAGUCUAAAGUUCAUCUGGUGCGUCUGCGUAACCCUUGGGGUCAGGUAGAAUGGAAUGGACCUUGGAGCGAUAAUUCAAAAGAGUGGGAAACCAUCUCUAAAGGGGAAAAAGAGAAACUUCAGCAACAGAAUGCUGAAGAUGGAGAAUUCUGGAUGUCAUUUGAGGAUUUUAAGAAAAAUUACACCAAAAUUGAGAUUUGCAACCUGACCCCUGAUGCUCUGGAGGACAAUAAAUUACACAAAUGGACAGUGUCUGUUAAUGAGGGACGCUGGGUAAGAGGAUGCUCCGCUGGAGGAUGCAGGAAUUAUCCAGACACAUUCUGGACAAAUCCACAAUACCGCCUGCGUCUCUUGGAGGAAGAUGAUGACCCGGAGGAUGACGAAGUGGCUUGCACUUUUGUUGUUGCUCUAAUGCAGAAAAACAGGCGUAAAGAACGCAAGUUGGGUGCAAAUCUCUUCACUAUUGGAUUUUCCAUCUACGAGGUUCCAAAGGAGAUGCACGGAAACAAGCAGCACAUGCAGAAGGAGUUCUUCGUGUCUAGCACCUCUAAGGCUCGUUCCAGGGCCUACAUUAACCUGCGCGAGUUGACCCAGCGUUUCCGCCUGAGCCCUGGGGAGUAUGUCAUCGUCCCCUCCACCUACGAGCCCCACCAGGAAGGCGAGUUCAUCCUCCGCGUCUUCUCUGAAAAGAGAAAUACGUCUGAGGAGAUAGAGAACAGGAUUGAAGCUGAUCAUCCAGUGCCGGCUCCGGCUUCGACUGGGGAAGAGAGCGAGGAGGACCAGCAGUUCCUGUCUAUUUUCCAGCAGAUCGCGGGGGACCUAAUGGAGAUCUCAGCUAAUGAACUCAAAGAUGUCUUGAACAAGGUGGUGUCUAAACACAAGGACAUACACACUGAGGGCUUCAGUCGAGAGAGCUGUAGAAGCAUGAUUGCCCUCAUGGAUGUAUCCUUUAUGGACGGAAAAGGAAGAAUUAAUCUACAAGAGUUUAGACAUUUGUGGAACAAAAUCAAACAGUGGCAGGGAAUCUUUAAGCAAUAUGACUUUGAUCACACUGGCACUAUCAGCAGCUACGAGAUGAGAAACGCCAUCAAUGAUGCAGGGUUCCGUCUGAAUAACCAGCUCUAUGACAUCAUCACCAUGCGCUACGCCAAUGAAAACAUGAAUGUCGACUUUGACAGUUUUGUCAGCUGCCUUGUGCGACUGGAGGGGAUGUUCAGAGCAUUCCAGGCCUUUGAUCAAGGUGGAGAUGGCACCAUCAGACUUAAUGUACUGGAGUGGCUUCAGCUAACCAUGUACGCAUAGACCAGCUACGGAUCCAGGUGAGCCCGGACUCGGCAAGGACCAGAACUACCAGCUCUUACCUCAACACUCAAUGUGCCAGACUACUGUUACCUCUUUCACUGUACCUCAGCCCACACUGAACACCAGCUGUGGAAACUUCACACAUCAUUACUCCUCCUCUUCAUUUCAGUUUUAUAUGGGAUGGCAAGAAGGGUGAAAUGAGUGUUAGUGUUACAGACCGACGUCACAUUUUUGAAGUCAGAUUGCAUAGGAAACGUUUUUGGGGGCGUAGCAACUUUUGAGGCAUGUCGUAGUUGCUGGUUUUCUGUUGUAAUUCAUUCCUCAGAGUAGCUUUUUACAUGAACUUCAUUCAGUUUAUCUACACUGGUGUCACAGUCAGCAUUUCUCUUUUACCUCAACUAGCCUCAAAAGAUGCUAAUGUUUCAGAUUUCCUUUUGCAAUAUGCUGAUGGACCUAAUAUAUAAUUGAUUAUCUAAUAUUACAUAACACUAAAAAGAAACAGAUUCGAAUUUUGACAGUAUUGCACACUUAUUACAUUGUACACGCGAUGCCUUACAAUGAGAAAAACUACUUGAAAUCUGGUCUGACCAUUCACACUGAAACACAAUCCAGAUUAGUUUCCGAUUUCACACCACAUAUGGAUUAGGUUUGUGAAACUACAUAAACAAACCUCAGAGUUUUCACUUGGGAAGUCUUAUCGUCAUAUUACCACUCUUUCUGAUUCAGAUUUCUUAAAAAAUGUCUUAACCAUCUUUAUCCAGAUAUGCACUACAUACAGCCCCAGCCUCCCAUUUUUAAUUGGUAAUAGCAAAAUCCAUUAAAAAGGACCAUGUAGGUGGUCCUUAUUGUUUCAAAUCCUGGUUGUUUGUGAGACAUUUAUGUUUGUAAGUUAACAUGAAGAACCAGGAAAAGACUAUCAAAAACUACUAGAGGAGAAUCAUCAGGAAACAUCUCCGAUUUCAUGAUGGACGGCAACAUUCAGGGUUUUUAUUUCAUUACUGUGGGUGUAGACAUGGGUCGAACCUAGGCUUUUUUUUUUGUUGUUGUGCUUGACCCACAUUUAACCUUUUGUUCAAAUGAGUGUACUGACUUCAGCCGUUUAACAAAAUAAAUGUGUAGUUCUUGGAUGAAGUGCUUUCCCAGGAGGAAACAAAGCCUAAUUAUUUACACAAGCAUAAGUGGCAAUUGCAAAAUUAAAUAAAUGGAGAAUUGUUUUCUUUUUUAAAGGCUCUGUAAAAGCUCUACAGUAUGUAAGCAGUAUAUUUCACCAUUUAUCUCAUAUCUUGUUAGAUUUUUUUUUCAGCCCUGUUACAAAAUUUGAGUC